AGCUGAUCUCAUAACAAAGUAGACGGAAGUGAAUUCGCUGCUGUUGUGUUCUUGCCGUGAGUGAGCGAUAAGCUCGUUGGCGAUGUCACUAGCGUGAAGGGUUCCAAUAGGAUCGCCGCGGCGGCCGAAAAGGGAUAACCCCGUGUGUGCAGAGGAGGGGGUGAGGAUAUCCUAGACGUUUCCCCUCUUUUGCUUCAGUGCUUUUUUUUACUUAAAGGAGCACUGACUGACAUGAUCGCAGCUUGGAGAUGGCAUCUUUUAAAAUCAGUAGGAAGCCGGGUGGGCAACAAGCCGAGGAGGACAAGGCAGAGCUGGACCAGUCUCUGCAGCAGAUGCUUCGAGCCAUAGCUGACGAGCGAAACCGGUUGAAUGUCAGGCAUGAGGUCACUGGCUGUUUUAAGGAUGACCGGAUAGUAUUUUGGACUUGGAUGUUCUCCACUUAUUUUAUGGAAAGGUGGGCUCCAAGGCAAGAUGAUAUGCUUUUCUAUGUACGAAGAAAACUUUCCUAUGUCAGCGCUGACAACAUUGAUGGAAAAAAGGUUGAAGUUGAAGUUUAUCGUCGGGAUUCCAAAAAACUGCCAGGGCUCGGAGAUCCAGAUAUCGACUGGGAGGAGAGUGUCUACCUAAAUCUUAUUCUACAGAAACUUGAUUAUGUGGUGACAUGUGCAGUUUGUACUCGCUCUGAUGGUGGGGAUAUUCACAUUCAUAAGAAGAAGUCACAGCAAGUUUUUGCCUCUCCCAGUAAACAUCCCAUGGACAGCAAAGGUGAAGAAUCCAAAAUAAGCUACCCCAACAUUUUUUUCAUGAUUGAUAGUUUUGAAGAGGUUUUCAGUGAUAUGACAGUGGGAGAAGGGGAGAUGGUGUGUGUGGAGCUUGUAGCCAGCGACAAAACCAACACUUUUCAAGGAGUCAUUUUCCAAGGAUCGAUAAGAUAUGAAGCACUCAAGAAGGUCUAUGAUAAUCGGGUCAGUGUUGCAGCUAAAAUGGCUCAGCGAAUGUCAUUUGGAUUUUACAAGUAUAACAAUAUGGAGUUUGUGCGCAUGAAGGGCCCACAAGGGAAAGGCCAUGCAGAGAUGGCAGUAAGCAGAGUUCCUACUGGGGAUACUUCACCGUAUGGAACAGAAGAGGACUCAAAUCCAGAUUCUCCAGUUCACGAGAGGGUGACCUCAUUUAGCACCCCUCCCACUCCAGAAAGGAACAAUCGCCCUUCAUUUUUCUCUCCCUCACUGAGGCGUAAAGUCCCUCGAAAUCGAAUCGCUGAGAUGAAGAAGUCACACUCUGCCAAUGACAGUGAGGAAUUCUUCAGAGAGAGUGACAACAAUGGAGACUUACAUAAUGCUACAAACCUAAGAUCAAGAUCACUUUCUGGAACUGGUCGGUCACUUGUUGGUUCCUGGUUGAAACUGAACAGAAUGGAGGAAAACUUCCUGCUCUAUGCACACCUCACAUAUGUCACUCUCCCUCUGCAUCGUAUCACAGCUGAUAUUUUAGAAGUUCGACAAAAGCCAAUCUUGAUGACAUAGUGAUGGAAAAUAAGAACGCCUUGGAACCUCACUGCCAAGUGCCUACAUAUGGGAGGAUUGUAGACGACACUACCAUCUAGUGUCCAAAAAGAGAACUACAAAGGAAGCCUUUGGAACCGAGCAAAAACCAGCCAACUAAAAGUGCCUCCUUUUUUUUUCUGUCGUUCAUCCGGCUUUGUGAUGAGAGAAUGUGCGCUCCAGUGUUUAGAAAAGGUCUCAAAAAUAAGUGGCUGCUUUCAAAAGGAAAACAAAAGGCUUUAUAAACAAUCUACUACCAUGUUUACUUGAUUCAAAACUGAACAGUAUGUGCUGAGCUUUAUGAAAAAACAGUUUGUAAACAAAAUCUUCACUAAUGUUGACAUUCAUCAACACUGCGUCUUUUUCAUCCUUGUGUGUCUUUCAGAAAUUUGUCUUAAAUUAUGUUUGCCUUUCCAGCUAUUUAGAUAUAGGAGUAACAUUUCUUGAGCUGCUGGCCCACUGUGCAGUGGCUUUUGUGUCUUCUCAUGUUUAAGUGAAAGAGUAUCAGAAAUAAAUAUAUAUAUAUGUAUAUGAGUGUGUGUAUGUAUAUAUAUUUAUAUAUAUAUAUAUAUAUAUAUAUAUAUAUAUAUAUAUAUAUAUAUAUAUAUAUAUAUAAAUGUAUAUAUAUAAAUGUAUAAUGCACCACUUCACCUGAAGUUGAGCUUGCUCACACGUAGAUGCAUCGCCUACCUACAAGUUUUAAACUUUCUAAUCUUUGUUUUUUUACAGUAUUUACCAACAUUGAAUUUGAUUCUAUUUUGUGAUUAAUACUUUUAGCACAGCACUGUUUACUGUAAAGUAAGGUCAGGCCUAGUUUAAUGAUUGUACCUGAUUUAAUUCUACUUGUCAUACAAGGUGAAAAGCCUUCUGAAGAGGUGAGUUGGGAAAAGACUAGGCAUGUCAUUGGUUUUCCAAAGCUUGCAGAAUUUCAUUAUCAUAUAUAUGUAUGAUAUUAUGAAAAUUACAUUGUUUAAAAGAACAAAAAACACAGUUGAAAGUUGCAUAUAUGGUGUAAUGUAUUCAUCAAAUGAAACCUGGACAAAACAAACUGAAAAAUGAUGAUUUUUAUUAUUAUUUUUUUAAUUUUGAAAUCCAACUGCUGUGUGCCUAUUUCGCUAGCUGUGUUCUUCCUGUCUGAGGUUUCUCAAUUGAAAUGAAGCUAUGUAUAUGGUUAUUAUCAAAGGACAAACAGACAGAAUUCCUUCAAACAGAUUAUUUUAUCAUAUUGUUAAUUACCAAACUUAAAUUGUUUUGCCUGUUUGUACAUUUCUGCCAAGUUUGUUUACCCAGUCUGUUUUACUCGGGCCCUUUUAUGUUUGUAUUUAUUUAUUUUUUUCAGAAUAUGAAAUAACAAUUCUUUAUUCCAGCCAUAAGCAAAUGACUGUGUUGAAUAAACAGAAAGAAAGGAAUUGGAGCAGAAAGUGCUCAGCACUACCAUACACUGAUUUACAGCUGUAUCUUAUGGGUGAGCACCACAUUUACAUCUUAAAACAGGAUCAUGUCACAUCUAGAUGUGCAUGUUAGCACCUUGUUUUUUUUGUUUUUUUCAAACAGCGUAGGUCUUUUUUGUAUUUGUUGGUGAAACAGCAGACAAUAUAAGCAAGACUCACAGUCUGGUUCUUUUAUAAGCACUGAUGAUUUGCAAGUUAUUUAUCCGGUUUUUCAUUUUAACUUUUUCAUUUUUCCGUGGCUUGUGACAGAUAUUUGUAAACAAUCUCUUUUCUCCACUGAUUUUAACAAAUUCCAAAUCAUAUGAAUAAUCAUUUCAUGAAUAAAUUCAGAAUAAUAAGUACUACA